CCCUCAUCCCAUAAACCCACACGUUUCCUGAUAUGAGAGUGAGAUCAUAGGACAGCACAACAACUCCAACUUAUAAAUAAGAACUAUAGCUUCCACAUAUAUUGACGCAAAUACCAAAAAGGAUCAGAACUCUUAUUUAUGCGAUCUCUUCCAAAACUAGCAAAAUGGAUCGGCCAAAUACGCAAAACCAAAGCAUGCAUUUGGUUCUUUCCUCUGAUGCCAAGCCAAGGCUUAAAUGGACUCCUGAGCUUCAUCAACGAUUCCUUGAUGCUGUCAAUCAGCUUGGAGGAGCUGAAAAGGCAACGCCGAAGGGUCUUAUGAGGGUUAUGGCGAUUCCAGGACUUACCUUGUACCACCUAAAGAGCCACUUACAGAAAUUCAGACUUGGGAAAAGCCCUCAACCAGAAGCCUUGUAUAAACAAGAAGAUUAUAGAGAAGCCCAAAGCAGUGAUGGUCAUUGCAGCAGAGAAACCAUUAUGGGGACCCAGAAUCAGAUGACUGUAAGCCAGCAGAUUGCUCAGGCUCUCCAACUACAAAUGGAAGUACAGAGGAAGCUUUAUGAACAAAUUGAGGUGCAGAGACAUUUGCAGCUUCGGAUUGAAGCUCAAGGGAAGUACUUGCAAUCAGUGCUAGUAAAAGCUCGGGAAGUACUUGCAGGGUACAACCCUUCUGCUGCUGGUACAGAACAUGCAAAAGCUGAGCUUUCUCAAUUAGUCUCAAUAAUCAACAAUGGCUGCCCAAGUUCGCCCAUCUCAGAACUGACAGAAACUGGAGUUUUGAGCUUGAAAGAUGGAGGAGAGAGGAAGCAAAGCAGAGAGACGAUGUGUUCAUUGGACAGUUCCUUGACAUCUUGUGAAAGCUCAGGGACAAAGGAGGAAGAGAAGCCUCAUAAGUCUAACAGAACUUCAGUUGAACUGCAAUUGAUGACUGUGCACUCAGAAGAAGAUAAAGAAUUGAAUGGCGACUCAAAGAAUCAAGCCUGUGGGAGAAAAAGGAGUAGAAUCACUGAUUCUGAUGGUUAUUUUCUAGAGCAAACAAUCAGGAAAAGAUGCAGCAGCCGGUCCAGGAAACCUGAGUUGUCUGAAUUGCUUGAUUUGAACAGCCAGUAUCACAGUGACACUGACUCAGACUCAAAGGCCAUGUACUUGAAUUGCAGUUCAAUACAUAGGUUUUGGUAAUAUUCUCAAAGAUGCCGCAACAUUAUUAUCAGAAGUAAAUCAUUUUUUCAUAGACUAUGUAUAUUAUUCUAUUAUAUAUCAUGACAAGAACAUUUCAAUGUAUAUCGUCUUCAACAAAAAGUUAUAAUACACGCGGUGCGGCACCCCUUCUUAUUAUUCUUCCUA